AUGCCGAUGAUCGGCGACGCCGCACGUGAUCAGCGGUGGAAAACGCCAUCCCACCGCCGCCGGAAAAGGCUUAUGCUGUCAUCCUUGUGUACCGCCAUCAUCUUUCGAGACCUUUUCAUUCUUGUGGCGACAAGUUUCUCGUCGGCUGCUCUAGAAUGCAAAUCCCUCUUUGUGGAAGUCAAAGCCACACGUGUAGCUGUACCACUCGGCCUCUUGGACGAGGCCGGCGGGGCCGCACGCGAUGACGGCGACGGAUGUCGUGGCUUUGUUCGCUCCAAACCGCGACGUGUUGAUGAGUUCGUCCAUGUUGGGCUUCCCAGGGACGUAAGGCACGAAAACCCCGCCCGACGCGACGGUCCCGCCUUCCGUGGCUUGACUUACGUACAGCGUUGGCUUGACAUUGGGCGGGAGCGGGAACAUGACGUCUUCGGCCGCGAGCAAGUCGUGGGGGGUGCGCACAACCCAGUACAAGUGCAGCGUGCGCGUUCCAGGAAGGUGGCGAUAUCGAUUGAUGAUGCUGGCAAGCGGAGUUAUGCCGAUUCCGCCUGCCACGAGGAGGACGUCGUUGUACUUGUCCAGGUCAAGCGAUGGGAUGCCGUACGGCCCGCCGACCAAGAUCGUCAGGGGCUGCGGCGUCGUCGAGCAGUGGCGCACGACGCGGUCGACAAAUCCAUCCGGCGCCAUCGUCUUGAGGCAAAACGCAAUCGACUGGCCAUCUCUUGUCACGAUCGACGAGAACGGAUGCCACUGCCAGACCGACACGGCUGGAAUGUAGACCCAAAAGUACGCGCACGGGUGGGCAUUCUUGGCCCAUUGCGUGGUUUGGGUCGUCGGGGGAAGCGUCAGCAGCACCGAGUUGGCCGUCGCCGCCGUCGCCGUGACGUGAUACGUGUUGAAAAACCCUCGACCCCGCGCGACGAACGACGCGCCGUAGAUGGCCAACGGAAAGAUCAUGGUGUACUGGACCACGGGGCUGUGGAGCAUGACACACACGAUGCCGACGACGGACGCGACGCGGUGAUGGUAGUAAAACCACUCGUACAUGCCGCGGCGAAUCGGGGCGGCUGCCAUCAACGCCAUGCUGGCAAACGCGAUGAACGCGAGCAAGCCAUACAGCGGGACGGCACCCUGGGGGCCAUACACGUUGGGGUCGGUGAUCGCGACUUGGUUGACGACGUUCAGAAUCAAAUGGACGACGGUCGCAACAACGCAAAACCCGCCGAGCCAUCGAUGAAACUUGAGCACGCGGUCGUGCGACGUCCCGAACGCGACCUCCCAGUGUCGGCCACGAGCGACGGGCAAGAGCAGAAACACGAGUGCUUGCAGCGCCACGUGCCCCGCGAUCAAACACCACAGAUGCUUGGCGUCCAGGUCGGAGAACGUGCGGUGGACCCGAAGCGCAAUGACCACCAUCGAUCCGAGAUACACGAGGACGAUGACGGCCUCGCCGGCCGUGACGGGGUCCGGCACAACGUCGGACACGUGUUUCCGCGGGGCCCACACACUCUUGCGAACGAUUCCACGGCCGACGGUCGUGUACGUCACGAUCAAGCCGAGGACGACCAUGAUUCCAAACGAAAUCGCGGCGAUGGCGGGCGUGUCCGUCAGUCGAAUCGUGUCGCUGUCGCUUAG